AUGAGGGCCAAGCACGUGAACCAGCUGAUCUCGCUCGUUGCGGUCUUGCUCUUCAGCUUCUCCUGUUUCUCCAUCUCCAGGAUGGCUCAAACCAGUAAUCAAUUAACUAAUUGUAGAAACCAUAUUUUGGAGUUUAAGGAAAAUAUUCUACAUUUAAAAAACAAAACUCAACGAAAUCGCCAGGAGCUGAUGGAAGCCUUAAAUAAAAUAAACAACAACAUCAGACAGAGAGAAAAUGUAUCAGUGAACUUCGUUGAGAAGGAGGUGAAUACGUUUGAUGAGAACGAAGCGGUGCCGAAUACAUUUGAAGUCCUGAAGUCCUUUCUCCCUCAUCUAAGGAAAGUAGGCAGAAUUUAUCCUGAUGUAAUCAUCAGCAAAGAGAAAACAGGCGUAUCCUUUGCGCUGGGUGUUCCCACCAUUAAGAGAGAAGAUCACGGUUAUCUGAAGCAAACGCUGACCUCGCUCGUCUCCAGGAUGACCCAUGAGGAGGCGCAGGACUCCGUGGUGAUUGUGUCUGUUGCAGAUAGUAAUGAAGAUUAUUUAAAGUCUGUUGUUGACAUGAUUACAAAAAAAUUCAAAAAGCAACUGAAGUCUGGAUCCUUAGAGGUCAUUUCAAUACCUCAGUUUUUUUAUCCAGACGUGUUACAUGCCAAGCACUCACCUGGGGACUCACAAACAUUCGAGAGUUGGCGCAUCAAACAAGUAUUGGAUUUUUGUUUUUUGAUGCUGUAUGCCCAACCCAAGGCCAUGUAUUAUUUACAGCUAGAAGAUGAUAUCAUAGCUAAAAAGAUGUACUUUACAAAAAUCACAGAUUUUGUACAUUCUCUCACUUCAGAUAAUUGGUUUUAUAUUGAGUUUUCAGUUCUUGGAUUCAUAGGAAAGCUAUUUAAAUCUGAGGACUUGAAUGACUUUGUGCGUUUUUUCUUAAUGUUCUACAAAGACAAACCUAUCGACUUACUACUGGGGGACAUCUUUCAGGUGAAGAUGUGCCACCCAGGAGAAACUCCUGAGAAAUGUGCAGAACGAAAUAAGCAGAUUCGUAUCCGGUAUAAACCUUCUCUUUUCCAGCAUGUGGGUAUACAGUCAUCCUUUCCUGGAACAGAGCAAUAUUUAAAAGACUCGACUCUCAUAGUGGCGGUGGCGGGUGACGCCGACCACUCCCUUGACGCGCUGCCUGGAGCCCGGCGUGCGCCGCUGGGGACGGAGCGGUGGAGCUGGGAGAAAUCCGACGAAGCCCUAACUGCUAGAGACUCCUGA